AGGGGAUCUACCUGCCAAGGUUCCUGCCUCCGACCCCAGAAAACAGAGCUCUGCUGAACGCCACGGUCAACGACGUGCUGGAGAUCAAAAUUACGGCUAGUGCUGCCCCGAUUUCCGAGCUGCUGUUUAGCGGACCGUACAACAUAACCAACGUGUCCCAGGAGGCUCUGGGACCGGGGCGGUUCCUUAUGAGGUGGACGGCACUUGAAAGCGAAGCCGGGACGAGCCAACCCAUCUGCUUCGUCGCCAGAACGCUUUACAAUGGAACCAGCUAUCACUCGGACCUGCGGUGUGUCACCACGAGUGUCGGGAACCACCGAUGAUCAACAUUCAACCGACCAGUCCACCAACCAAUCCACCAACCAGUCCGCCAUCCUCCAAAUUUCUUUUUAUUGACAUUCAGCAUUAGACAUUCACAUCCGGUACAUCAUGUAUGCAUACAUCAUACAUCUGUUGUCUGUCCUAAAUGUCGGAAUAAUGUUUGUGUUUUAUGUCCAAACAAUGAAAAGAAAGACAAACCACCAAAAACUACUAUGUACAAGUAGGGAGUGAUCUUUUCAACAUAACACAGUCAUUGCCUUGAGAAAAUAAAAUCAGGCCUAUGGAGCGUGACGUAGUUGACCCAGUUUUCCCAGUAUGAGGUGAAUUUCUCCAAUUUAUGAUUAAUAAAUGCUGUUAUCUUCUCCAUUUUAUCUAUUUAAUUGCUGACUUAUACCGUCUUAUUAGUGCAUUUGGAUAAGUGUGUGUGAUUCCUGUUGCUCCUUUUUCUUGUUUUAGAGAAGUGAUCAACAGCAUUUACAGUUCAGGAUAUUCGGGUUCCAAUAACGAAAACCUCCUCCUAUAUUCAUGUCUGAUCAUAAUGUGACAGCCAUGAAACAUUUCCUCAUACCUGAAACAUUCCUGGUCGCACGUCUGAAAGCACCAGUCAGACAACUCCAAUAUAAAGGUCAGUUUCACUUCUGAUUGCCAGCCUUCUGAGUAGAGACGCUCGGGCAUCCAUCAUGUGGCUCCCCGUGCUGCUCCUGCUGCUGCUCAACGGCACUCGGGCCUCUCACCUGUACGGGACGGUGAUGACCUACUACCCCCAGGAGACUCACGCAAACGGAUCCCUAACGGUGAUCUCUCGCUAUAAACUGAGUUCACACUCGUGCUCCAAUCAUGGGUGGGUUUGCAGUGGAAACUGUGGGACUCAAACCCUCGUUGUAAACACCGUUGAGGAUGAGACGAGUGAAAACUGGUGCCAGCGUGAGGGCAUCAUCACCAACCUGGUUCCCACAAACGCCCCAUUUACACAAACGUUGAGCACUGGCAACUGGAUAAGUAACCUUGUAAACAACAUCGUAAACUUGCGAGCCGAGACCGAGGUUGAACUGAGGACCCGGUCCGACACCGGCAAACCCAACUCCUCCCCACAGACCACCAUCAUGCCGGCCAUCCGAGUUCCUUCCAACUGUCAGAGAGAUUUCAACCUGUUGGCGUUUGACCCAGAUGGAGACGAGGUUCGUUGCAGAUAUGGAAUCACAAGUGCAGAGUGUAGCCCCUGCACCCCGGCAUCCGUCCUCAACGUCUCACCGAGCUGCACCCUGUCGUUCAGCGCCACCAGCAGCAGCAACGAGGGUGCGUACGCAGUCCUGCUGGUCCUGGAGGACUUUCCCAGCCAGAACAUCAUGCUGACUCAAACCAACGGUUCGCAGGUGGCAAGAACGACCAGCGACGCUAUCAGCAAGAUACCCUUCCAGUUUGUUUUGAGAGUGGAAUCUGCAGUGCCAUCCUGCACAGACGGAGUAUAUCUGCCCAAGUUUCUGGCUCCGACCCCAGCUAACCGAGCUCAGCUGACCGCCAGCAUCAGCCAGGAACUGGAGAUUCCCAUCAGAGCAGUGGCAACUAAUUCUGUGAUCUCCGGGCUGCUGUUCAGCGGGCCGUACAACGUCCUCCAGAAUAGUUUGGGUGGAGGGAACUUCACCCUGAGAUGGACGCCCACUGCCCGCGACAGUGGAGGAAGCCAUGCCCUCUGUUUCGUUAUCCAGGCCAAUCUCAGCAACACCCUGUACCACUCUGAGCUUCGGUGUGUGGCGGUGACCGUCGGAAACAGCUCAACGGCGACUACAACUACACAACCUACAACCACUACACAACCUAAUACAACCACCUCCACUUUGGCUCCAACCACCUCCACUGUGGCUCCAACCACCUCCACUGUGGCUCCAACCACCUCCACUUUGGCUCCAACCACCACAACUGUAGCUCCAACCACCUACACUGUAGCUCCAACCACCUCCACUGUGGCUCCAACCACCUCCACUGUAGCUCCAACCACCUCCACUGUGGCUCCAACCACCACCACUGUAGCUCCAACCACCACCACUGUAGCUCCAACCACCUCCACUGUGGCUCCAACCACCUCCACUUUGGCUCCAACCACCUCCACUUUGGCUCCAACCACCACCACUGUAGCUCCAACCACCUCCACUUUGGCUCCAACCACCACAACUGUAGCUCCAACCACCUCCACUGCGGCUCCAACCACCACAACUGUAGCUCCAACCACCUCCACUUUGGCUCCAACCACCACCACUGUGGCUCCAACCACCACCACUGUAGCUCCGACCACCUCCACUGUGGCUCCAACCACCACCUCUUUGGCACCAACCACCUCCACUUUGGCUCCAACCACCUCCACUGCAGCUCCAACCACCACAACUGUAGCUCCAACCACCACCACCACUGUGGCUCCAACCACCUCCACUGUAGCUCCAACCACCUCCACUUUGGCUCCAACCACCACCACCACUGUGGCUCCAACCACCACCACUGUGGCUCCAACCACCACCACUGCAGCUCCGACCACCUCCACUGUGGCUCCAACCACCACCUCUUUGGCACCAACCACCUCCACUUUGGCUCCAACCACCUCCACUGUAGCUCCAACCACCUCCACUGCGGCUCCAACCACCUCCACUGCAGCUCCAACCACCUCCACUGCAGCUCCAACCACCACAACUGUAGCUCCAACCACCACCACCACUGUGGCUCCAACCACCUCCACUGCGGCUCCAACCACCUCCACUUUGGCUCCAACCACCACCACUGUAGCUCCAACCACCACCACUGUAGCUCCAACCACCUCCACUGUGGCUCCAACCACCACCACUGUGGCUCCAACCACCACCACUGUGGCUCCAACCACCUCCACUGUAGCUCCAACCACCACCACUUUGGCACCAACCACCUCCACUGCGGCUCCAACCACCUCCACUGCGGCUCCAACCACCUCCACUGCAGCUCCAACCACCACAACUGUAGCUCCAACCACCACCACCACUGUGGCUCCAACCACCUCCACUGCGGCUCCAACCACCUCCACUUUGGCUCCAACCACCACCACUGUAGCUCCAACCACCACCACUGUAGCUCCAACCACCUCCACUGUGGCUCCAACCACCACCACUGUGGCUCCAACCACCACCACUGUGGCUCCAACCACCUCCACUGUAGCUCCAACCACCACCACUUUGGCACCAACCACCUCCACUUUGGCUCCAACCACCUCCACUGUAGCUCCAACCACCUCCACUGCGGCUCCAACCACCUCCACUGCAGCUCCAACCACCACAACUGUAGCUCCAACCACCACCACCACUGUAGCUCCAACCACCACCACUGUGGCUCCAACCACCUCCACUGUAGCUCCAACUACCUCCACUUUGGCUCCAACCACCACCACUUUGGCUCCAACCACCUCCACUGUGGCUCCAACCACCACCACCACCACUGUGGCUCCAACCACCUCCACUGUGGCUCCAACCACCACCACUUUGGCUCCAACCACCACCACUUUGGCUCCAACCACCUCCACUGCGGCUCCAACCACCUCCACUGUGGCUCCAACCACCUCCACUGAGGCUCCAACCACCACCACUUUGGCUCCAACCACCUCCACUGUGGCUCCAACCACCACCACCACUUUGGCUCCAACCACCACCACUGCGGCUCCAACCACCACCACUUUGGCUCCAACCACCUCCACUUUGGCUCCAACCACCACCACCACUUUGGCUCCAACCACCUCCACUGUGGCUCCAACCACCACCACCACUUUGGCUCCAACCACCUCCACUGCGGUUCCAACCACCACCACUGUGGCUCCAACCACCUCCACUGCGGCUCCAACCACCUCCACUUUGGCUCCAACCACCACCACUGUAGCUCCAACCACCACCACUGUAGCUCCAACCACCUCCACUGUGGCUCCAACCACCUCCACUGCAGCUCCAACCACCACAACUGUAGCUCCAACCACCACCACCACUGUAGCUCCAACCACCACCACUGUGGCUCCAACCACCUCCACUGUAGCUCCAACUACCUCCACUUUGGCUCCAACCACCACCACUUUGGCUCCAACCACCUCCACUGUGGCUCCAACCACCACCACCACCACUGUGGCUCCAACCACCUCCACUGUGGCUCCAACCACCACCACUUUGGCUCCAACCACCACCACUUUGGCUCCAACCACCUCCACUGCGGCUCCAACCACCUCCACUGUGGCUCCAACCACCUCCACUGAGGCUCCAACCACCACCACUUUGGCUCCAACCACCUCCAUUGUGGCUCCAACCACCACCACCACUUUGGCUCCAACCACCACCACUGCGGCUCCAACCACCACCACUUUGGCUCCAACCACCUCCACUUUGGCUCCAACCACCACCACCACUUUGGCUCCAACCACCUCCACUGUGGCUCCAACCACCACCACCACUUUGGCUCCAACCACCUCCACUGCGGUUCCAACCACCACCACUUUGGCUCCAACCACCACCACUGUGGCUCCAACCACCUCCACUGUGGCUCCAACCACCUCCACUUUGGCUCCAACCACCACCACUGCGGUUCCAACCACCACCACUUUGGCUCCAACCACCACCACUGCGGCUCCAACCACCACCACUUUGGCUCCAACCACCUCCACUGCGGCUCCAACCACCACCACUUUGGCUCCAACCACCACCACUGUGGCUCCAACCACCUCCACUGCGGUUCCAAUCACAUCCGCUGCGGCUCCAAUCACGUCCGCUGCGGCUCCAACCACCACCACUUUGGCUCCAACCACCACCACUGUGGCUCCAACCACCUCCACUGUGGCUCCAACCACCUCCACUUUGGCUCCAACCACCACCACUGCGGUUCCAACCACCACCACUUUGGCUCCAACCACCACCACUGCGGCUCCAACCACCACCACUUUGGCUCCAACCACCUCCACUGCGGCUCCAACCACCACCACUUUGGCUCCAACCACCACCACUGUGGCUCCAACCACCACCACCACUUUGGCUCCAACCACCUCCACUGCGGUUCCAAUCACAUCCGCUGCGGCUCCAAUCACGUCCGCUGCGGCUCCAACUACAAACACUACAACUACAAAACCCACAACUCUAUCACCAACUACAGCUAACAACGCAACAUCAAUUGUUAUCGGCCUCAGAGCGAGGAUCUCCACCACCCUGGACAACUUGGAUACCAUCGUACAACUGCUAAAAGAGGAACUUGUGAGACGAGGGCUGCCAUCAGAUAUCAGUUUACGUCUUGCCAGCAACGGAGCGCUGGAAAUCUCAACGACGGCGUCUGGUUGAUGGCGAGAAUGGAGCUGAUCUCUCAACAGGAAGUCAAUGGGUCUCCCAGUCUGGGUUCAGCUGGUGUUCUCUCUCUCUAAAUAACACUUGUGUUAAACAGAUAUCAUUAGAAUCAUGUGUCUCAGAGUACUUUAACUAUUUUAAUGUUGUUCUAUCUUUUUCUUUUGUGUAUUUUUAAAGUGAAGUUAUUAUAUUAGCAACUCAGUGUGACUCCGCCUGUUUUCCUUCAUGUUCUGUUUGAAUGGAUAAUUAAAGUUGUUUGAAUGGUUUCCAUUGAAUUUUCCAUUAUUUUUUUAAUAUGUAGGAAUUUUUUAUAUGACUUAAUUUGCUCAGAUGAAUUAGCCUGGUGACGCUAGUUAGCUCAUGCAGACCUAUGACGCUAACCAGAGUGCGAAAUACGGGGGGUUCG